GCAUCAACCCGGAAUAACUUCUACUUCCUUCAUGUUCCACACAGACAGACACACGCAGCUCGUUAACGGGUUUAACGGCUUUAACGGCUUUAACGGGUUUAACGGGUUUAACGCUCCGCUUCAGUCCGGCUGGAACUCGCGUCUCCGUUUUGGUUCCUAAUUGCGACCACUUUAAUUAGUUAAUGAAUUAGUAAUUAGCGCGUGUCUUUAACCCGGGUCCCCUCUCAGACCCGCCUCCCCCCCCCCCCCCCCGGUAUAAGCCGACUGGAUGAUCCGGACCCAGCAGACCCCCCAGACCUCCCAGACCUGCUGCCCAUGGCGACCUUCAUCUCCACCCUCCUCUUCCUCUUCGUGGUGGUGGGCGGGAUCACACCGGCUGUCAGUCAGUCCAGCGACCCGACAGAGCCCAUGUGUUAUGACUGGGGGGAGUCCAGCAAGGCGGCGGUGACGGUCCUGGACGGACAGGCCGGUUGGCUCUCCUGCCCUCUUUUCUCUCAUCCCUCCGUCUACAACUACACCUCCACCCAGAGCGCCGGACACAGCCUCUUCUGGUACCGCAUCCCGGAGGGUCAGUACCUGGAGCAGCCGAUCCCACUCAGCUCGCGGCUCAGCAGAGACAGAGAGAGGCUGUGGCUGCAGCCGGCCGCCGCCGCCGACACCGGCCAGUACAUCUGUAUGCUGAGCAACAAGUCGUCCUGCAGUAAGAUCGCCAUGCGUCUGAAGGUGCUGCGGCUCGACGAGGCGGUCCGCGGCUCCGACUGCGAGCUUCCGGUUGCCGUGGCACCCAGUGAGGUGGUCAUCCCUAUUCAGAUGGGGAAGAUUCUGGACUGUCCGGACCUGCAGGAAGCCGUCAAGAUGGCCGACGGAGAGCCGACGGUCACCUGGUACCAUAGGUGUCAGCAGUACCCGUUCAUGGGACACAACCGUCUGCUGAAUGGACUCCGGCUCCAGGUUCACUACAUGAUGUCGUUUUAUCACGGUUCCUAUUUCUGUCUGGUCCGGUUCCAGAGGAAAGGACAAGUCCUGAACUUCACCAGGAGCAUCAACGUCACCGCCGUCCGUCCGCCUACUUUGCCUGCCCUACCCACCAUCCUCCUGCUGGGUAAAGAACAGGUCCUCACUGUUAAACGGGACUCUGAGGUGCGUCUGGUGUGCAGGGGUCUCAUCCCCUACGUCCUCAACUCGUCCUGGGAGAUCUGGUGGACGGUUGACGGGAAGAGGCUGGAUCAGCUCACCGACCGCCAUCGUUUCUCCACGACCAGCAGACAGCUGAGUUACAACUUCGGGGACCGGACGGAGGAGAGCGUCCUGGUGAUCCAGGACUUCCAGUCUGAGGACCUGAACAGGGACUAUAACUGCUCGGUGAGGAACAAGAUGGGCUCCGACACCCGCAGAGCUCAGCUGGAGGAGGAGGUGUCGCUGCCGUCGGUGGAGCUGGGUUGUGUUUUCGGGGUGACUCUGGUCCUCAUGCUGGUCCUCUUCGUGGUCUAUCACGUGUUCUGGUUGGAGCUGCUGCUGCUCUACCGGUCCUGGUUCGGCACCGACGAGCGACACACAGACGAUAAGGAGUACGACGUGUACAUCUCAUAUGCGAGGAACAGCGAGGAGGAGCAGUUCGUGCUGUCGACGCUGCGCGGCGUCCUGGAGAACGAGCUUGGGUACUCCGUGUGUAUCUUCGACAGAGACAGUCUGCCGGGAGGGACCAUCACAGAUGAGACUCUGAGCUUCGUGGCUCGUAGCCGGCGCCUCCUGGUGGUCGUUAGCCCCGGCUACGCCUCGCAGGGCUCCCAGGCCCUGCUGGAGCUGCAGGCCGGCAUCGACGGCAUGGCGCGGGGCGGACACCUGCGGGUGAUCCUGGUCCAGUACAAGCCGGUCCAGAGGCAGGGCUGGGUCAGGGAGCUGAGGAGGGCCCGCGUGGCCCUGGCUCUGGUCCGAUGGCAGGGGGACAAGUCCAGGGAGCUGACGUCCCCCUUCUGGAAGAGGCUGAGGGUGGAGUUACCUGUGAGGAGGGUUAGGAGCAGGGAGGAGGAGGAGGAGAGGAGCAGUAAGGAGGUGGCCCUGAUGAGGAUGACCAGUCAGAACAGCACUAACUCCCAAACGGGCCUCAUCAGCAACACCGCCAAAGACCCGCAGAAGGUCUUCAACUCCGCUACGUAGCCGUCGAAACACGUUCCGUCUCCACAGAGCCGUUAAAGGUCACGACUUCAUUAAGACCAGAGAUGAGUGUCCAUGGAGACGUUUCUCCUCGUCUCUCCCUAAAGUACCAACACUGUGCCUUAUUCAUUUACAACCUUUAUAUUGAAACACUCAAAGAAUAUCCUCCUCCUCUCCUAGUAACCAUGGUGACGUGUUAGUAACCAUGGUGACGUGUUAGUCACCAUGGUGACGUGUUAGUCACCAUGGUGACGUGUUCAGUGGAGGCAGAAUAACUCUCUGAACACGUUAGCUAACGCUGGCUAGCAACUAUUGUUGUCUUGUUUUUUUAACGACGGCUGAAGAUAAUCUAGUUCCUCUCAACAUGUGCCGUCACUCUCUCUCCAGGAUCACCAGAGGGAGUUGAGAGAGUUCACAUGAACCAACGGGACCAGAUUAGACGACCGAUGUCUCUAGUUAACUCUCCUUCAGUAAAGUCAGUCACAAAGAGAGUCGGACGAUAUCAGAGGAGCGUUUCAGAGACGGAGAGAAAGGGUUGCUAAUAGUUUAGCCUUCUGCUAACAGCAGCUAACGGCUCACGCUAGCUGCUGUUGACGCUGCACUUUCUGUAUUUUGUAUUUUUUUGUCACUGUUUCCACUUUUAUUCAUUCAGUAUAUCUACAAUAAAUCAAGUUAUAUUUUUCUAUAAAAAAGAGACUAUUCAUCUUUAACACUUUUGAAACAGAACAGUAUUGUAACGGGAGAACGCAUCCUGCACUUUGUCACGCUCUUAACUUUGUAUUUUAGCAGUUUACAGUAUUUCAUCUAUUUUUGUUUAAUAAACUAAAAUUGUUCAUCUAA